GUUCUUUGAAGAGCCUCAGUGUUGUUUACGCCGCCGAGAGGUUCGCGAAACGAGAUCGGAGCGGUGCCCAAGGGAACACCGGGCGUCAUGCUCCCGAAACUUUUCCCUUUAGAUCUCAGUGGAGUGCUACAAAAUAUUUACAUUUUAGUUUAAUCGAGUAACUGAAAAAUGAAUAAAGAAGAGGAGGAUGAGAAAAUUACAUGGAGCUGCUGGCUCCGAACGCUAUUUGCCUGCAGCGGAGCGAUGUUGUGCUUCAUUUUUUCGGGAGUAACAGAGGCUCAAUCAUCUACUCUCUUGCCUCAACUCAAAGCUAAGGACAGUAUAAUCCAUGUCACGCCAGAGGAGGAAACCUGGAUAGCUAGUCUUGGCAUCUUGAUGGCACCAAUCGCAUCAGUGGUUGUCGGCCCAACUAUAGAUCUGAUUGGACGAAAAAAAGGGCUACUGUUCUUCUACCUCGAUAUGGGUGUUGGUUUCACCAUAAUAGCUUGUGCCACGGAGGUGUGGCAUAUUUACGUGGGUCGGUGUGUUUGCUCUUUUGCCAUUGGUAUGGAGGUGGCAGCAGUAGUGUAUUUCGCGGAGACAUGCACAAAGAAGCAGCGGAGCGUACUGCUCUCGAUCAUCUCGGCGUCGUUCACGUUCGGGGUGUCCCUGACGUACUUCGUCGGCGGCUACCUCCCCUGGAACGUCGCCUCGGGUGUCUUCGCUCUCGGCUGCUUCCUCUACUUCCUCAUCCAGCUCCUCGCCCCGGAGUCCCCCGCCUGGCUCUACAAGAAGGGCGACAUCGACGCCUCCAAGCGGAGCCUCCAGAGGCUCGGAAGGAGCCCCUCCGGCAUCCUCCGGGAACUAGAAAUGCUCCGGCUAUCCUCCAAGGAGCAGUCUGAAAAGUUCCAAUUUAAGGUAUUCCUGGAGCCGACUGUGUGGAAACCCUUCCUUAUCAUGUGCAUCUUCCACAUCCUCCUGAACCUAUCAGGCGUCUUCCACAUCAUGUACUACACCCUGGACUUCAUCGAGCGGCUGGGCACGAGCUACGACCCUCUCACCGUCUCGAUCAUCAUCUCUGUGACGAGGGUGAUCUCAUGCAGCACGGUCGGCAUUUACUCCACCGCCUACGUGGGGCGGAAACCGGCCACCAUCGUCUCUAGCAUCCUCAUGACCCUCUCUUUCCUGAGUGCAGGCGUGUACGAGUACGUUUUCCAAGACACGCCCGUCGGACAGAAACCCUACGAGUGGGUACCCAUCGUCCUCCUCAUCUCCAACCUUGUCAGCGGCAUCCUGGCUGUGGCCAUACUCCCGUGGCUCAUUUCUGGAGAGCUCUUUCCGCUCCAGAUCCGCGGAUCGAUGAACGGGGCUGUAUACGUAUUUGGGACGAGUCUCAUGUUCGUAUCCAUCAAGCUCUACGCCGUGUGUUUGGAGGUUUUCCAGAUGUGGGGGCUGCUUCUGGUGUAUUCCUUGGGGUCCUUUUUGGCGAUUCUCUUCGGAAUAUUCGUCCUGCCUGAGACGCAGAACAAGACUCUGCUCGAGGUCGAGAGAGGGUUCCUGCCCAAAAAUCGCAGGGACAUCGCACCUAGCCCGAAUGCGGAAGCCACGAAGAAUUGCGGGGAUACUAGUCAAAGCGAGGCGGGGUUGGAAAGGAGAUGAUAUUGCGAGAAAGACAAAAAUGCAGCACUGUGUCGCACUGCAUUUGGAUCAACUUAGCCACUAGAAUAGGUCUGAACUAGAAAUUAAGUAAUAGAAUGAUAGAAUAGUGCUGGGUCCACACUAUUCUGCGGGAAAAUCGUCAAGACAAAUAUUUUCAAAAAUUAUAGCGUUUUGGCCUGGAUUUCCCCGGAGAAUAUUGUGGAUCCAAUACUUAGCACGUUUCUACGGUCAGUAACAAACUCACAUUAUUUGGGCCACAUUUUUAAUGCUGUUUUGUUCUCCAGAUAUCAAGAUUGCAGGUUUUCUUUUCAAAAUAUUACGUAGGAAAUGACUCUGGGAACGAAAAGUUUCGAGAUCAACCUCGAAACGAGACACUAACAAAUAUUUUCAACACACAUCAAUUGAAAGGUGGAUCAUUCAAAUGACGUGAAAGAGUUGAAUUUAGGACUUUCCGCUGUGCGAUUCGUUUUUCUCGUGAAAUUUUGAAGGGAAAACAUGUUGCUUGCCUCUGUAAUUCUUACCUUUGUCUAGAGGCUAAUUAUUCAGUAAGGAACUGCUCGUCCGCAGGAGUGCCUAUCUACAUAGAGAAGCUGACGGCACUUACGCUGUUUCUUAAUUGGACGUAUUUCAUCCAAACAGACCUAUGUGGAGGUGAGGAAUAUGGGGUGUGCUCCUUAGUUCUCUGGCCGUAAGAGUGAAUGAGAAUAAUAAAGCGCCAGUGACGUCAGCGGCAACGAACGAGGGUGGGCGCGGAGGCGGGGACAUAUUCGUCGGGGCACUAUAACUCAUGAGCCCUGUUCACAACGCUCUCUUGCCAUGCCCACGGCUCACGAGUUCCGCAUUCAGUUGGCACAUAGGUCUCUUUGAUAGACUGUAAAAUCCCGCUUUUCCAAUUCUACAAAAGGAAUCACGCCCACUUUUACAUUGCUUCUUAUGCAGCUUUCUAGAGCACAUCCCAUAUUUCUCACCUCCACAUAGGUCUGUUUGGUAGAAAUACGUCCCAUUGAGCCAGGAAUGGUGAUUCCGUUUCACUAAAUUUGGUCCAUUUUGAACAAAUUGUAGGCAAAUAUGAGGUAAAAACAUCAAAUUAAGAAAGAGCACAGCUUGUGAAAAUUACUCAUUAAAAAUGAAGAGCUGGUAAUUCUUCCAAGUUGAAAAUCACGCGUGAAAAAACUAGCUCGCGAAGAAAAACUAGCUUGCGGCGAAAUCUGACUCGCGACGCAAAUACUAGUUUGCGAAGAAAUAACCUCGAAUACAAGUAGGUACUGAAAUUCAGUUCAUGGCACACCUAAAUUUCGGUCCUGAGACUCAAAUUUCAGCUCAGAUAUCCGAAAUCUCUAGUGGUGGAAACGAGAACUAAUAAACUGGCCAAUGUGGAAAUUCGAUUAACUAGACUGAAGUUCCAUUUUAUGACUGAUAACUUAAGUUCCACGGACUAACAAAAGCGUCUCGUAUGAACCCAAUUUAUUUCGCCGUGCAGGUACAUAAUGAGAAAGAUAAGUAUUCGUGGAAAAUUCGAAAUGAGAACUGGAUUUUUUUGCCUUUGUGAAAAAUACUAUACAGCAUUCUCUUUC